AAGAACAACAGCAUAUGAUGUUACAACUGGAAGUGCAAAAACCAUUUUAAAAGUCACAGUCAUUGAAUGAAGUGCCCCUUCUCGGGUUUUGAGAUCUAACUGGGAAACCCUCUCUUCUGAUUGUCCGUAUUCUCUUCUCACUCAGAAUGGAUUCAAGGACCUGUUUUUCAGUGUCCAUGAUAAUUUUCCUUGCAGCAAUCGUUGUUGCUCAUUUUCAUUCAUCAGAAGCAGCUGUGUCCAAGGGAUCUUUCGAGGAUAAUUUCAGCAUAAUGUGGUCUGAGGACCAUUUUACUACCUCUAAAGAUGGACAGAUCUGGUAUCUCUCCCUAGACAAAGAUACAGGAUGUGGAUUUCAAACAAAACAGCGCUACAGAUUUGGGUGGUUCAGUAUGAAGCUGAAGCUGGUCGCAGGUGACUCUGCCGGUGUUGUGACAGCAUAUUAUAUGUGCUCAGAAAACGGUGCAGGGCCAGAAAGAGAUGAGCUUGAUUUUGAGUUUCUGGGAAACAGAACUGGGGAGCCUUAUUUGAUUCAGACAAACGUGUACAAGAAUGGGACUGGUGGGCGUGAGAUGAGGCAUAUGCUAUGGUUUGAUCCAACUGAGGACUACCACACCUAUUCCGUCCUCUGGAACAACCAUCAGAUAGUGUUUUUUGUGGAUAGAGUUCCUGUGAGGGUGUUCAAGAACAAUGGGGAAGCAAACAAUUUCUUCCCUAAUGAGAAACCCAUGUACUUAUUCUCAAGCAUAUGGAAUGCAGACGAGUGGGCCACACGAGGUGGGCUCGAGAAGACAAACUGGAAAUUAGCACCAUUUGUGUCAUCCUACAAGGACUUCAGUGUGGAUGGUUGCCAAUGGGAAGAUCCAUACCCUGCAUGUGUCUCAACCACAACAAAAAAUUGGUGGGAUCAGUAUGAUGCUUGGCACCUCUCUGGUGAUCAGAAAAUGGAUUAUGCUUGGGUUCAGAGGAACCUUGUCAUCUAUGACUACUGCAACGAUUCUCAACGUUAUCCAACUGCACCAGAGGAGUGUUCAUUGAGUCCAUGGGAUUAAUAUAUACCCUUAUUCUUUUAAUUCUCUAUUUUCUGCCUCUUCAAUUUUUUAGUUACCACUGGAAUAAUUCAUGUGCAGCUUUUAUUUGUAAGCUUUUAAAGUUGCCAAUUUUAUGUUCAAACAUUUUUUCA